AAUUAUUAUGCUAGGUCACUUUUUAGCAAUGAACACAUUUAGAUUACAGCGUUAAAACUGGGUUUAUAUCGAAAGUUUACCGCCCACCUCACAGCAGUGGGUGGAUUUUUCGACGCUCCCUUUGAGUUACAUAGCACGUAGUUUAAUAAACAUUUCCUUGAGAUGUCAGUCGUUCUGUAGCUUGACAUAUGUUUAGCCUGGUCACACUUUGAGACUUUAAAGCGGAAAGAGACAGGGCACAGGGACUCCCCUGUGAAGAGUCCCCACAGAUGGAGGAGGGAGCAGGAAAUCACGGUGGACCUGGUUCCCGGGUGGAGCGGGAGGAUGUUGCAACCAAAAGACCCCGGAAAAGAAAUAAGGAACAAGGACCAGGCAAUCCCAACUGGAAGGUUCAAGACAAAGAAAAGAAGAAAAGGAGAAAUCGAAGAGGAAAAAAGAGCAUCUCAAAUAUAAAAGGAGGUGAAGAUGUCAAAAAUGAAAACCUGGAAAAAGCCAAGAUGGAGGCUGUAGAGACAACAGAAAGCCAAACUCAAGACAGUGUGCCCUCAGAAACACAACAUGUGUUUACCCAAACUGAAGACAGCUUCCUAAAAGAAGAAAACUGUGAUGAACACCACCACACAGAUGUGAAGAUGGUGCAAGCUCAGACUCAAACAAGGAAACGAAAAGGCACAGACCAACACACACAAACUCCAGUUGUUGCUCAGAGCAACAAGGAAACACAGACCGAUGUCCCUGUGCCAAAACAAGACAACAAAGACAAUGAAAAGACUCAACAAGGCACAAACGAUGCUGCAGAGACGCAGCUAAAACGAGAUGAACACACACCUGAAGCCGUGAUGCAAGACGACAGUGCUGCUCAGAAAAAUGAGAAUCCAAACAAUGAUGGAGCAGCAUCAGACUCAGCCAAGGAGCAAAACCCUGAGAAAGAGUCAAAGUCUAAAGAGGACAGUCCCUCUGCAGGAGCCUCGUCUGAUCCCCCAGACUCUUCAGCUCAAAAAGGUGCCGAAUCAAUGUCUUAUGCCAAAGCUGUUUCUGGAGAAGGAAGGAGUGAGAAACAGUCCAUUACAGCAGCCAACAAAACAGGAGAUAAAACCACAAAAACAUCCCAAAGCACACGUGACCGAAGCCCAGUGAGACCUCCACCUGGUGCUCCCAUGUUCACCUUUCACAUCUAUGCUGUGCUGGACAAAAAGUUUAGAUUCAACCAAGAGCAUGAUGAGCUUUUACUGUGUUAUGAAGGAGGGUUCUUACCCCUGAAAGUGAUGCAUUUUGUGGGAGUAAAACAGGAAGGCUACCUGGUAGAGGCAAGUCUUUCCAUUGAAGAAAGCCAACUGUGGAGAGGAGACUGGUGGACCUAUUGGUAUGGUGUGAAGCAAAGACAAAAACAGAUAGUAGAAGUUGCCACAAGACACGCUCAAAUUCCUUCAAACUCCAACAUUAAAGAAUUGCACCUCUAUGAGGGCUUCAUUAGUCGUCAGGAGGAGCAAAGUUGGUUCCAAAGUGGCCUUCACAUGGUGGGCUUGAAGAAAUCAAAAGGCGUAGAACUUUCAGAUGCCUGUCAGGCCUCAGCAAAAACUCUGCUGAACAGAAUCUUCCAGAAGUGGUCUCCAUCAGACAAACAGAGCACUGAGAGCCUGUGUAACAACUUGAUUCAUUUUAUGAUGAGUCUUGGUUCUGUACACACAAGGAUGGAAUACCUAGACAAUUCACAACCUCCCAUGAUCAAGACAUAUGAGCUGAUUUCAGAGAAUCUGGUUCAGAUCUUAAAGGGAGAGCCAAAGAAGAAGUUCCCAGGAAGUUGCAGAGGCACCAGUCCUCUUGUUCUGGGGCUUUCUGUUUUCAUGGUUACCAGAUAUUGUAACAUCGACCUUGGAGUGAAAGGCUGGGCUGAGCUAUGUUCCCUGGUGUCCUCAGAGACCACAAUGGAUAAGAAAAAUCUGAAUGAGUUGCUCAGUUGUUUCCAAAAUCCACAACAUACUGUGUUGGGUCUGAUAAACUACUGUGCUCAGCACACUGUGGCAGAGCUUGUCCUGCUCAUUCCCCUGCUCCUCAGACUCAGACAACCAGGAGCUGAUGCAACAAAGGUGGGUCCAGCUGUCGAGGAAGAAAACUGGUCAGGACUUGAGAAUGUCCAUUUCAACAGGUUCAGAGAGAGAAUACAGUCCUUCCCUGACAAAAGAAGGAGAAUGAUGGAUUUGAUCAAGUCACACUUACCAGUGGCUAAAGAGAAGCCUCUCCUCCUGAUGAGCUGGUUGUCUCUGGUCGCAUUUGAGGAUGUUCCUGAAUUCUCAGAACUGACAGGAAUACAUGCAGAACACCUGAUCCAGAGUCUGUUGUACAGGCUCCGAACCUGUGGAGAUCCAAGGGACAGCAACAGAGCACAGGAGGUUGUAAAGCAUGCUCAAAAUAUCUUGGGUCAUACACUGUUGAAGGUAGAUAAAGAUAAGGACAGACUGACUGAAUCUGGAAAUAUCAAACCAGCCUUCAUGAGCAGCAUUAGUGUGGCGAAUAGCAUGUGUGGAAUUGUGCGACUUGUCCCGUGGUACCGCGCAACAGUCCUCUCCUACCAGCUUGUGUUGAAACUGGCAGAGAGUUUGGAUACUGCACUGAGAACAGAGUCCAAAGAUGAUACGUUUGAGACCUUAAAGCAGCAGCUCUUGGAGAAGCUAUAUACCAUGCAGCAGCGAAUCAGUGAGUGGCGAGAUGACCUGCUGCAAAAAGACCUUUUGACGCCAUCAAAAACAGCCUCCUACCCAAAGGAAAUUGAGAUGUGGGAUGCGCUGCUGAAAGUAGAAUGCUCUAUUGAAGAAGUUUCAUCUCGCUGGACUCAGAGCCUGACAAAAGACCUGAGGAAAAGGAUUUCCACAGCAAGUGAUGAGGAUAAAGUUCUGAUGUGCUGCCAUGAGCAAAGCUUGACAGCUAUAAGGAACAGCCACAUUGUUGUGCAGACCUGCUUUGAUGAGUUGUGUCAGUCUGCUAUCAAGACAAUCUGCCAGAGAGGGCAGGCGGGGGACCUGAUGCGAAGUCUCAGCUCCAAGAUGAAAGAUCUUCCUGCUGCCGUCCUGUCUGCUGUUGUGGUUGAGUCAGCAGCACAAUUCAGAGACAACUCAGUGGUCCAGCUGCUCGAUUCACAGUCAGCCAUGAGCUACCUACUUUUACACAGUGAUUGGAAGUCGAUCCGGGUGGAUGACUCUGCAGGGCAGAUUGUCCACAGCUGUGUGGUUACAGUACAGUCUCUGGUGGAGUCUCUGCUUCAAGGACAUGUGACCCUGGGACACCUGCAGACUUGCCUGAAAUAUAAAGAGCAGUUUAAGAGACUUCACCUUGCAAAGAACACCAAGUCUGAAACUGUUCCUGCUGAUGCUGACGUUGUUUUGGCUCAGAGAGAGAAGGAUUUGAACUCUUUCUUGCAGCGAAAGCAGCAGAUGGAUACACUGAUAAAGAUGAUAGCGAAGGUUACAAAGAGCAUCACAGCUCCUGAGAUGUCAUCUCUUGAGGAACAGCACAAUGCUGAUCUCCAGACUGUGAGCCUGAACAAACUGGUGGGGGUUCAGUCCUUUGAUGCUGAAGGAAAGUUGAGGAAUAUGGGUCCUCCCCGGGUCCUCUGGUAUAACACCAGUAUCAAAGCCUUGAAAAUGGCCACUGAGAUGUACAAACUGCGUGACAGCAACUUGAUUCUAUCCUGGUGGGUCAGCAGAGCUGCAUCUUUGGCAUCGGCAAGGCAAACCUCCUCAGCUCCUGUUCCAGUAACCCUAACACAGAUCUACGAAAACAUCUGGGAGCCACUGCUGACAGAGUUCCUUCAGCUUGGCGUCAGCAUAGCAACUGCUGACAUCACUAUCGAGCAACUUGAUCAGGUUCUGGUUGAGUCUGGCGACCAAGGAGAUGGGAAGCUAAUGAAGAGAGAGCUGAGUCUGAUGUCAGAGAUGUUUUUUGAGUCAGGACAGUUCAAACCUGAGAAGAACUGGGUGGAGCUGAGACUUGACCAGAUCCAGAAGUAUUCACAGCUCCACGAGGCAGCAGCUGCAGCCAGUGCAAUGCUGAAAAUUGCUGAAAAAAUGAAGCUUUCUGGGAACUUCACAGAAAUUUACACUCUCAGCCAAGUGAAAGAAGAAACCUUUAAGCAAAGGCCCCUGCGAUCCCUUAGUAGUGACCUGUUUCAUGCAAAACAGCAACUCUCCACAGUCACCAAGCAGCACACUGUCUGUCUGGAAGAGUUUCUAGAAAGCCAGACUCUGGUCACCUGGGUCAAAAAGAACCUUAAAAAUAUGAGUGAAGUGAAGGUUUAUGUAGACUUAGCUUCCAUAUCUGCUGGAGAGAAUGACAGAGAGAUCGAUCAGGUGGCCUGUUUCCAUGAUGCAGUGAUGGGCUACGCACCUCUGCUCUACUCCCUCUCCCCUCAAGCUGGCUUUGAAGAGUUCAUGAAGUGUGCUCAGCAGGUGUGGGACACCCAAUGUAGAGAUGAGAAGCUACCAGAUAAAUUGAGAGAGUCAACUCGAUUACUGAGCUGGCUUAAAGCCUUGAAGGAGACCCACGGCUCUGUGGAGCAGUCCUCUCUCUCCCUGGCUUCUUCUAUUAAUGCCCAUGGAGUUUAUCACAUAGGAUGGUCUGAUGAAAAUACAGAAAGGAGAUGUCUACAAAACAUGGUACAGGUCACAGUGAUAGAGGGCAGAAAAGAAAAGAGCUACAAGCUAGAAGAGCUGCUGGAGCUGCAGAACAAACUCAUGCUCAUGUCAUCCAAAGGGGAGCAUGGCAGAGAACAAGUCAACAGGUUCACAGAGGUUUUUGAGGGUGUUCAGAGACUUGGCACCAUCCUUCUUCAGAUGCAAAUAUCUGGCAAUAUGCUCUUCAGGGAAUGGCAUGCUGAGGUCCAGUGCGGUCCGCAACAGCAACCAUGCAUCAAAGUCAACUUCUUAUCCCUAAAGGGUAAAGAGAUGCUGUACAGCGGUGAGGUGACUGAGCAGCUACAAAAGCUGGAACACUCCAUGGAUAGCUGCCAAAAAGAAUGGUGUUCUUUCAUCAGUGAGAUGCGCUCCAAGUUCACCUUGCUGAACCACUACACCUCAGAGCAGAUGGUGUAUCUGUGCUAUUGGAUACACAGAGUGUGUCAACGGCAGGCGUCAGUUCCUCAACAGUUGUGGCAUUUACUUUUUCCCAUAAAGCCUCAAUGCACCCUAACUGAUGUCAGAGUUGCUUAUAGUGAUGCAACAACUUUGAUGUCAACAUGUGAUGAACUGGAAGAGGCAGGGUUUAAUGAUGAACAUCAGUACUAUGAACCAUCUACAGUCUUAAAACCAGCUUCACCAGGACACACUGAAGGGGACACAGAAGAGACUCAUGAUUUGAUGGAGUUCUCUUCAGAAGAUGAAGAUGAUGGUGUCAUGAAAUGUGAUGAUGAUCACACUGAUAAUGUCAGGAAGCAUGAUGAGGACAGUCUUGAAAACCUCUGGAGAUCAUUCCAGAAAGACAUGCCACUGUACCUCAGUGAGUACUUAGACAUAUCAACUCUGGCCCUCUUCCUUUCCUGCCUCUCUGAAAUGAACCAGCAACAUGUGAUCAGGAACCUUCCACCAAUUCUCCAGGAGGGAAAGCCCAAUCUUUUGCUUUGUCCCACUGCAGAAAUUUUUACCACCACCUUGUAUUUUUACAUGAAGAGUCCAGAGCAGCCUCUGCCUUCUGCUGAUGAGGUUCUCAUCUGCAGAGAGGAGACCACAGAGGAGGAGGUGGAGAUAUUUCUCCGCCGAGCUCUCUUCCAAGGCUCAAAACAAAACUGUCAGAGGAUAUAUUCUCUUGUCAAUCCUGGGCUGCUGGGAUAUGAUGUCAGUGUAGCCUUAGGGGAGCUCUUUGAGACCCUUGAAAGAAGUGCCAACCCACACUAUCGUUUGGUAAUAGUAAGUCCAGUUGAGCACCAGCACAGAUAUGUACCAUCUUUCUUCAGCAAUGACAAAGUACAGGCUGGUGUGAGUCUGACAGCAGAUAUGGCCAGGAAAUAUCUGUAUCACCACUUCACACAAAACACACACCCUGUUGCACUGGUUUCUCCAGAUCAGCUGUCAGUUUGGAUGGUGUCAUCUGUACGUCCCGCAGUUGGGAAAUCUCUUUAUGUGGACCGUUUGUUUGAGAAGUUCCAGCAGAAAUCUCCCAGAGCAAAACAUAUCAGGAUCAGACUGAUUGAGCCAUGUGUUGAUAUAGACUCCUUAAUUAGGAACCUAUCAGAGAAACUGGAAACUUUGAGAGAGCAGGACCCUGUCCUCCUGCACAUUGACACUGCUGGAGUUCGUACAGGUCUGGAGGAACUCCUGUUCCAUCUGUUAGUCCUGGGCUGUUUGAGUGACAGUCACGGCAUGCUGUGGAGAAGGAAUGUAACUCACCUGAUUGCUGUUGAGGCCCUGAACACAUACACAUCCCCUCAAAACCAGCCAAAAGAGGUGAGGAUUGGACUUCUUGACAUUCUGCCUACCAUCCAUUGUAGGCCUCCACAAGAGGUGAAGCAGCUGUUGGACAAUCGGGCAAAACAGACCUUCGAUCCAUUCAUGGAUGAGCAGGAGUUUUGCAGUGAGGGGAUUCAAAGACCCUAUCAGUACUUGCAUCGCUACCACAACAAUCACAAUCUGGAUCAUUUUAACUACCAGGAAGGAUCCAAAGUGGGGAACCCCAGUGAUUGUCUCAAAUACUUCCUUCUCUACUGUGGAAUGCAAGAUCCAUCUUGGGCUGAGCUGAAGAACUUCUCCUGGUUCCUCAAUGUGCAGCUGAAAGACUGUGAGAACUCAGUUUUCUGUGAUCCGGAUUUUCUGGCUGACCAGCUACCUGGUUUCAAGGGCUUCAUUGUGAGGUUCAUGAUCACAAUGGCAAAAGAUUUUGCCUCGCCAUCUCUGAACACAUCUGAUGAAAGCCCCGUACUGCAUAUUGGAAACAGUCCGCAAGAUGACCCUCUUGCCCAUCUGACAAUUCGCAAGCGUUGGGAAAAUGAGUCACAUCCAUACAUUUUCUUUAAUGCAGACCGAUUCUCAAUGUCUUUUCUGGGCUUUAACGUGAGGCCAUGUCAGUGGAACACGCUCAAUGCAGUUGAUCCUCACAGCAAUAAGGUCUUGAUAGAGGAUGUUAUGUCACAAAAACUUUUUCAAGGUUUGGAACGGCAAAGGAUCUCUCUCACUGAGGACUUUGAUAAGUUACCCAGGAAAGACAAAAUCAAAAGAAUUUCAUGUGUUGUUGGUGCAAACAAAGGAAUGAUGGACAGCAAAUUUGAUCCAGACUCAACAUAUGAGCUCACAGCUGACAAUGUGAUGAAGAUGUUGGCCAUAAACAUGAGAUUCCGGUGUGGAAUUCCAGUUGUCAUCAUGGGAGAGACCGGCUGUGGAAAAACCAGAUUAGUCCGUUUCCUUUGUGAUCUGCAGAGGGAGGAAAGACCAGUUGAGAACAUGGUACUUGUCAAGGUACAUGGUGGCACUACAGCAGAGAUGAUCUACAGAAAGGUGAGGGAGGCAGAGAUACUUGCUGAGAGGAACUGCAGAAUGCACAAGCUAGACACUAUUUUGUUCUUUGAUGAAGCCAACACCACAGAGGCCAUUUUUGCCAUCAAGGAAAUCCUGUGUGACCGAUCAAUGAAAGGGAAACCUCUGAAGGUAGACAGUGGCUUAAAAAUAAUAGCUGCUUGCAAUCCCUACAGGAAGCACUCACCUGAAAUGGUGGAACGUUUGGAACGUGCAGGAUUAGGCUACAGGGUGAAGGCAGAUGAAACAGAAGACCGCCUUGGCAAAGUCCCUCUGAGGCAGCUGGUAUAUAGAGUUCAUCCUCUGCCCCCAAGCAUGGCUUCUUUGGUGUGGGAUUUUGGUCAGUUGAGUGAUUCAACUGAACUGUCCUACAUCAAACAGAUUGUCCAGAAGAAAGUUGCUGACCAUUCAUUGCCAGUGGUCUGCAGGGACAUCAUUUCAAAUGUGCUGGCAGCCUCCCAGAAAUACAUGCGAAGUCGAAAAAAUGAGUGCAGUUUUGUGAGUCUCAGGGAUGUGGAGAGGUCCAUGAAAGUGCUAGCUUGGUUUUACCAGCAUAGUGAGGUCUUUAUUAACAAAUGCCCUCUUCUCAAUGAAGCUGAUAAAACAUUGAAGUGCCUGAUUCUUGCAGUUGGUGUCUGCUACUACCCAUCUCUGGUGGCCAAAGAGGAGUACCUUGCUGUAAUCUGUAGGUACUUUCCAAAGCCGUUUUGCUCUUCAGCAGCAUUGCAGGAAGAGAUUUCAUCCUGUCAAGACUUCUUCCUGAAAAACAUACAGACAAGGGAGACCAUAGCCAAAAAUGCUGCACUCAAGGAGAAUGUGUUUCUCAUGGUAGUUUGCAUUGAGCUCAGGAUCCCACUCUUUCUGGUUGGUAAACCAGGCAGCUCUAAGUCACUUGCUAAAACAGUGGUUGCUGAUGCCAUGCAGGGCCAGAACUCCCACUGUGAACUAUUCAAGAAACUCAAGCAAGUUCAUAUGGUCUCCUUCCAGUGCAGUCCUCACUCAAGUCCAGAAGGCAUCAUAGGGACAUUCAGGAACUGUGCCCGGUUUCAGAAGGACAAAAACAUGGAUGAGUAUGUGUCAGUGGUGGUGCUUGAUGAGAUUGGACUAGCAGAAGAUUCUCCACAGAUGCCCCUGAAGACUCUUCAUCCUCUUUUGGAGGAUGGUUGCAUUGACAAUGACAAACCAGAUCCACACAUGAAGGUUGGAUUUGUUGGCAUCUCCAACUGGGCUCUUGACCCAGCAAAGAUGAACAGAGGAAUAUUUGUGUCCAGAUGGGAUCCAAGUGAAGAUGAACUUGUGGAAACUGCCAAGGGAAUCUGUUCAUCCUCCAAUCAGAUUCUCCUGAAAAUCACACACCUCUUCCAACCUUUAGCAAAGGCCUUCUUGAACAUCUGUGAAGAGACCUCACAGAAUCAGUUCUUUGGUCUAAGGGAUUACUACAGCCUCAUUAAAAUGAUCUUUGCUGCAGUCAAAUCGACACAACAAGAGCCAGAUGAUGGACAGUUGUUGGAGGCCAUCUUGUGUAACUUCAGCGGACAACCAGAGGGUUUUGACCCUGUCAGAUUUUUCCAAGAGGUUCUCCAAGACCCUACAGAAAUUCCCAGACCAAGCACCUUGCAAAUGGUGAGAAGGAAUCUUGAUCAUGACACCAACCAGGAGAGCCGCUACCUUCUUUUGUUGACCACCAACAAUGCAGCUCUCCAUAUCCUUCAGCAGCAAAUCUUUGCCAAAGGAGACUAUUCACAGCCUGAAAUAGUCUUUGGCUCAGGAUUCCCAAAGGACCAGGAAUAUGCCCAAAUCUGCCGUAAUGUGAACCGUGUGAAAACAUGCAUGGAGACUGGUCGCACUGUAAUCCUCCUCAACAUGCAACAUCUUUAUGAGAGCCUGUAUGAUGCCUUGAACCAGUACUAUGUUUACCUCAGUACGCAGCAAUACGUUGAUCUAGGUCUUGGUUCCCACAGAGUUAAAUGCCGUGUCCAUACAAACUUUAGACUGGUGGUAGUGGAGGACCAGAAGAAGGUCUACAAGCACUUUCCUGUGCCCCUAAUCAACAGGCUUGAAAAACACAGGCUGGAUAGGAGUACUGAUCUGGAACCAUGGCAACACAUAGUUCUUCACAAACUGAGGAAAUGGGUGAAGGAAUUCUCAGGUGAGGCCACAGAGGAUUUCAAGCCUUCUGACAUUUUUGUUGGCUUUCAUGAUGAUGCCUGUGCCAGCGCACUCUUGCAAGCACUUGAAAGAAGAGCACAAAAAGUCAAAGACAGUCCAGGAAUACAACAUCAGCAGGAUGAAAAAGGAGACUCAUUGGAAGAAGAUGAACCAAAUGAAACCAAGUUCAAGUCAAGUUCUAACAGACAGAAAGGGGAAACUGACAAGGAGGACAAGCAGUUGGGUGAUGCAGUGGACAUAGAGAUUGCUGGAAAAGAGCAAGAAACUGAGUCAGUGGAGAAGAAUGAUGAUGAAUCCACUGAGGUCUGUGAUGAUGAGAGGAAACUGAUGUCAGAGAGUGAAGAAAUGAUGGAGACAGAAAGCAAUGUUGGAGAAAAUGAGGAAGAAGAAGUCUUUGAUUUAGCCAAAUGUCUGUUGUUGAACUGUGCCACCCCCGAUGCUGUGGUGAGACUCAAAUAUUCAGAUUUAGCAAAGCAGGAGAAGGAGAAACUCCAGAGAAUGUACUUCCAGCAACAACAUCACCACUCACUCCGAGAUUUUCUGGAAGACCACCUGAACAAGACUCAGGGGUCCACCAAGUUUCUAGAGAUAACCACAUUCUCUAGCUUGUUAACCAGAGCUGAUGUCAAGGUUGUAGCCCAUGCUGUAGGACUGCAUACGGACAGGAUCCUCCUGCUCUCACUCCACCAGUUUGACACUGAAGUCUCCUUCUGCAACAAGAUACGAGCCUUCCUUCAAGAUGCUGGUCCAUCUCUUCACAUCCUUUUAAUCCAGAUGGACCUUGAGGAAUCCCACUGCAGUGACGAGCUCAUAGCAUCAGCAAAAUAUUGCACCAUGAAUUACUUGAUGUCAUUGGACGAUCAGAACUGUUGGGUGAUUUUCAUUGUGAAGGUUUCAAGGAUCCCAAGUCAGUCUCAGUACAUUGGUUUCCAAGGAGGAGUCUGGGAGUCAGUGCAUAUUGAUGACCUGAGGGAUUCAGAGGACAUGAGCCUGAACCUAUUGGUUUUCUGUGGAACUCUCAUCAGCAACCUGCUCAGCCCUGCACUGUCAGAUCACCAUGAAGAUGGAGGAACAGCAAGGAAAAGAGAAGACUCUCGUGCAGACAGAGCCCAACUCCACAGCCUAUCCUUAGUGAGAUCAUGUAUUCAAAAAGCUGUGGGUUUGCUCAGGGACCCUGAUGGUGUGAUACCACGAAGCAUGCAGCGGAUGCACAUCCUUCUGGAUCUUCUGGGUGCUAGUCAAGGACACAUAGGAGCUCACUUUCAGAGGGUGUUGUUGAGUAGACUGGCUGAGGCUUUGGCACAGAGAGAAGAAAGCAUGGGCUCUCCUAAGGAGUGGGUGAGCUUAGAAGCCAAGAAACGGCAAGCUCUACAAGAGGGGGGAACUCUGAGACAUACCCUGUGGCGCUGUCUUCAGUCCACUGUGACUCCAGUCUUGGCCAGUAUGUUGGAAGUUAUGGACAGGUAUGCAAAUCUGGACCUGCUCUCUGAUCAAAAGCUCAGCCAGGGCCUUAUAAAACUAUGGUUGGACAUCCUGGCAGAUUCACAGUUUUUGGACCUACCUCUACCUCUCCAAAAACCAAGUGUGUCAGACCAGGAGGUGCUUGUGCAGCACCACUUUAUGUUGGAUGGUGAAGAACAAACCAGCUCUGCCCCAUUCAGCUGGCUCAUCACAGGGCAUCUCAAAAACCUGUGGGAGGAAUCUGAAUUUUUGCCAGUAACUAAAGAGGAUGGCACAGAGAGGAUUCUCAAGUUUGUGAGCACCUUCAACGACAGCAGGCUGGGCAGUCGCUUGCAGAAACUCUCAGACGAGGAGCGAUUGGAGUAUGGUCAUCACUAUCUCCAAGACUUUCUUCUGCUUUCUUUGAAGAUCAAGUCAAAGAAUGAGCUCAGGGUGUUCACCAGGGCCUUGCUGGGCUGCGUGUCUGAUCUUCAGAAGUCCAUGAAUGCUAUCCAUGACCUCUCUCCUCCCUGGAUCAUGGCUGCUGCCAAACAUUUUGCUCCCAGACUGGACACUCUCUCCCACAUAUUUCUGCUGCAGCCCCAACUAGCCACCAGUAUCUCUCAGCAGGGGUCAAAGAGGGAGUCCCAAGAGAUGGUGGAGGACAUUUUAGCUCUUGGUGUCUGUGUUGAAGAGACCAAACUACUGCCUGUGACGUCCCUGCAAGAGUGUGAGUUCUUUGUGAGCAGAGUGGAGUUUCUGCAGCCUUGUCUAGACAGAGCAUUUAGUCAGAAAUACAGACCCCUCUGCAGCCCUGGCUGUCUGCAACAUCUGGACAACAUCAGAUCACUGUGGCAUGGGCUGCUUGUUGUUGCGUCUUUCAUCCAGCACGUCAUUUUUGAAGUUAAACAGGAUGACUUGCGACUGGAAGAACUGGCCCUCAAACACUGCAACCUUCAACUGAAUCUGAUGCAGGAGUCACCUGAUGUAAGGAGCAUGGACACAUUACAGAAGCUGAUUCGCAUCCUCAAUUCUUUCCAUGAAGAAUGUAUCAGCAGGGAUCUGAGGUUUGGCAUUUCUUGCCCAGUGUGUUUGCUGGAGCUCAAAGAGCCAUCUGUUCUGCCAUGCCAGCACAUCUUCUGUCUGCCAUGUCUCCAACGCUGCAUUCAGCCACAAAGACGUUCUUGCCCUAGAUGCAGAGCAGAUGUGCCACCUGACUUCAAGCCGACUGUUUCUCAUGCCGUCAAGGCAGCCCUCCAGCAGCAUGCAGCGAUCAGGGACUGCUGUAACUCCUUCUUCCUAGAGGUGGUGUCCAGGUUCUGUCUGGCAGAGGGGCAGAGGCCCGAAGAGGGUGUGGUGGAGCUCCUCUUCUCUAUACUCGUGUCUGCCAACGGAGAUGUGUACAGGACCAGAGAGCUCACUCCCUUCCUGGAGUGUGUGGAUAACAGUCCAGUGGUCCGAUCCGUACUGCCAAAACUUCUGCUGCAAUACAGUUUUGACCAGGUAAAGGCUCAUAUUCAGACCUACCUGAAGAAUCUGGAGGAGUACCUUCUAGAUACAGAAGACCGCACUGAACUCUACCUGCUGUUUGUUAACUGUUUCCAGGACACUCUGUUGAGCUCAGAUGCAAGAGAAACAGAAGAGUGUGGAGGGCAACAAAGGCAAGCAGAAAUCAGAUUCCUGAGCAGGAUCGCCAGGAAACAGACUCCAGACAGACAAGAGGACCCUGCAGAGUUUCUGCUCAACAUAGCCAGACUGAGAAUAUGCAUGAGUACUGCUGCCCGGCUGCUGGAGAAAGCCACAGCUCAAGGUGGAGUUGAAGAGGUGGAGGCCCAGUACCUGCAGCAAGUGAGGGCAGUGUGUGAAUACUGCAGUAAUGACUGGCACAGAGUUUACCUCCUGCGAGCCCUUAACAGACUCUGUGGUAUGGACAGCAUACAGUCCCUGAUGAAUAGUCCAGAUUGGAGAUGGGUGUUUCCUGCAGAGCUCAUUCGACUUCAGAGGAUGAUUCCGCCUCAUGUGGACCAGUUCCUCUGCUGUGGGACGUCUUACCGCCUGAGAGAUGCUGUGGCCCAGGUUCUGCUGGAAAACAAAUCAGACACCUUCAUGACAGAACUGCAGAAGCUGAGAGGUUCUCAGAUCAGCCUCCUGGCCUUGGCAUUGUUCAGACAAGUCACCUGCCGAUACAAAUCAUCUGACGUCAAGAUGCAUCCCUCCACACAGGGGACAAAAAGACUGGAAGAACUCCUCAAAAACAUUGACUUAAGGGAGUUCAGGGAGUUCUGCACUUCACUUCUGGUGAAUAAGAUCGGUGGACCGGGCUCGAAUCUCUGCAUCAGUGCAAACCUUGCAGCUCAGAGACAAUCCCUCCUGGAGCUGCUGGUCCAUCUGGACUCUGUGCUCCUCAGUGGAAAUUCUUUACUGGCUCCUCUCUGCCAGAUAGCCUCUCAGCCUCAGAAUGUUACGAAUUACUUUCUGCCGACCAUGCCUGAUGAUCACACAAGUGAAGCCAGACAGUGGCUGAAAGACGGGAGACUACAGCAGUACACCUGCCCCAAUGGACAUGUCUGCUUUGUGGGAGAGUGUGGUAAACCGGUGGUUAUAUCUCAGUGUCCUGAUUGUGGACUUCAGAUUGGUGGGAUAAACCACAACCCAGUCAGCGGGUUCACUCAAAAAACAGAAUCAAGAGAUCAAACUCGGACGGGACAUGUAUUAGGAGAAGCCGGUCGCAGGUCUGAAGCCCCUGAAAGACAGAUGACAUCUGCUCAGUCCUGCGUCCUGCGGCUGCUUAUGCACCUCGCCAUGCUUCAAGGCACCACAAGAAAUCAGAGGGGAGUUUAUGACAUGAUCCACCCCAGGCCGAACAAUGUUGUCAACUUCCUGUGGAACCACCUUGAAAAGGACAUGCGUGUGCUGGGGCAGACUUUAAAUCAGAACCCUGACAACACAGCAGUUACAGUUCAUCUCAUUCUCAGUGCCUGCAAAGGGUUCACUUCAGGUUCCCGUGCAAGACCUGAUCUGUCCUCCAGACAAGGACGGCAGCAGUGGGAGAAACUAGUCUGUGAUUCUGCCAUCAACUCUGUGCUUAAUAACUUGCAGAGUAAUCUGACUGAUGCUCAGAACAGAAUCAGUGGUGAUGAUGGACUUGCUGGAAGCCCCCUGAUAAGUCUUCUCACCGGGGAUCCUGGAAACAUGUUGUCCCUCCCAUCUGACUGUCCGACACAUCGCUCCUCCUUCUGGACUCUCCCUGAGAUGAUGACAGUGGAACGAUUCUCUCAGUUGGUGGGAGAAGCGCAGGGACGCGGCUCUUUACCUCUGUUGAACAUGUUCCUCAAUAAGAUACACUGUGUGAGACAGUUACAUCACCUACCUGAGCUGGCUGCUUUACAGUCCGAUCUGUUGAGGGUGUUUCCUCUGACGUCAGACUCUGCACCUCAGACCAUUGCACAGAUGCUACAGCAGAUACCAGCAGGAUACCAGAAGAAGGCGCUGCUUGAGAGAGUGGAGACAUUCAUCAAAGUGUGGAACUGCCUUAGAGCAGAGGUGGCAAACAAUUCAGCAGACUUGGGCGUGGAUGUGAAGCUGUGUGAGAUGGAGGUGACAACUGAGAGCUCCGGGGAGUUUCUGACACCGUCCCGACAUGGACCGGGGUCGUGUCUACGAAUUUUGGUGGACUUCCUGUCAAAGACUCACAACAGCCUGGUGAGAGAGGCCAGGAGAGUGAGCCGCCAAGAAGAUAGUGAAUACAGUGUUCAAUUGGAAGUGAUAUCAGAAACCCAGCUGACACUGUGCAACCCAGAGAGAGAGCUGCUACCUUUGGUUUUAGCCCACUGUCAGUACACCUUGAAGAAAGGCGGGGAAACAGACAUCAGCUACGACCUGCCAGGGAUCCAAACCCAGCUGGCCCGCCGCUUCCUGGCUGGAAAACCACUUAUUCAAACGGACACCUCGAAGUAUCUGAACAGAUACCUGCAGGAUUUCUCUGUGGUUCUGUCUGAGGUCAGGGGGAAGAUUCGUCAGGAACCACUGAAGGGUUCGGUGAGCAGUGCCAUGAGAACGGUGCUACGUUCAUACACAGACGUCUGUGAUGCUGUGUUUGUGGUGGAGAUUGGCCUUCGCUUCCUCGGCAAGACAGGCGGUGAACCUCGGGAUCAACUUUUGUCCUACCUCGCUAAUUCUCUGCAGAUGCACCCGCAGAUCUCCAGCACUGUAGCCAAGGGUCUCGGAGAGAGCAAACUGGAACACAGCAUAUUCACCUGGCAGCUCCUGACUUGUUGGAAAUCUGAGCUUAUGCUGAACAGAAAACAAGACCCAUUUCAGAAACUACCAUCAGGGUUCCAGGAGAAGCUGUCUGAGGAUGAGCGGAAAGCACUAAAGAUUUUCCUGGCUGUCACAGAUGUUGACACUUUCGCUUUGGAGCUGCAUGAGAUUCUGCUGCUGAAGACAAACAAUGCCGUGCCUGACCAGGGUUACAAACCACACUGGGACAUUAGGUACACCUUAGAGGCCCAUUUGGAGGAGAAGGACCUUCCACCUCUGCUGGAGCUCGAGUCCUUCCCAGAGAAGAUCACACUGGGACAAGGAGCUGACGUGUGGAGGGCAGCUGUGGAGUUUAAAAGAAGAUAGAUUAUUUCUACAGAAAUGACAAUUUUUUCGUUGUAAUUACUGGAAUGUAAAGAGAUACAAAAUGACAGCAAAGAGAUAAAACUGACCUCAAAGAGGCACAAACUAUAAAGGAACAAAACAAGAGAUGCAAACCAUAGAGAUACACAAAACUACCAAAAGGUAUACAUAACGUCCACAGAGACAGAAUGACUACAAAGAAUCAAACAGACACAUGUAGACAUUUUGUGUCUCUAACAGUUUGGGGGUCCCACAAGGAAGGGGUGAGAGCCUUUUCACCCGUCUGUGCCCAGGGGUCUAUCCAUCUAUGAUUUCAUAUGAUAUGAUACAUAGUGGUUAAUUGUGCUGUCCUCUGAUGUAAAUAUUGUUAAUGUUUAAAAUUGUAGAAGUCUUCAAAUGAGAUUGAAAGUGAUAUUUUUAUGCAUUUUAUUAUGUUAAGUCUACUAGGUGUCAGGGAACAAUUAAUAAAUUCUAUAAAUGAA